AUGCAUCCAAAUACCACAACCCCGUUUGAUGGUGUUGAUGCGGCGAAAACACUGACCUGGAUCCGCUCGCUUCCUGUACCGACAACAGCAUCGGAGCAGUUGAUCAAAGCUGCCAGCAGAAUUCCGCUAGAACUCGAACUUGUCAGUGAGGAUGUCUAUUCGCAUUAUCUAAGUGAUGGAAUGGUUCUCGGCUAUCUGAUGGCUGCAUUAGAUCCUUCAAUGGCCGUAAAACUGGAGGCAAUGAAGACUUGGAGGACAUCCCCAUUGGAUUAUGUGGACGCGGUGUUGCAACGUAAAAGGAUAGCUAUUUUCCUCCAGUAUGCCGGUGCGGUUGGUGUGGAUCAACAGUGUCUUUUCACUGUGGACAAUCUGAAUAACGGAACCAAUUUGGGCCAAGUGGUACGUUGUUUGAGCGCACUUCGAUCCGUUUCCACUGGUAGUUCUGAUCGCUUCGGGUACUGGGCCUCUGUGAAUUGUUGA